AUGUGGCGGACGAACAAGAUCUUCAUCACGCGCAACACCCACGCCGCCCGGGCGGGUGGGGCACAGGAGCUGGCCGACGAUGGAGUCCCGCGAUCUGACAUCGCCGACUUGGGCCACUGGGCGCUCGACAAGCUUGCGAAGAGCUACAUCACGACCAUCCCGAAGGCCGCGGUGUUAAGAAAGGCCGGCUACACGGGCAAGUGCGGCGACUACCACCUCGGCCGCAGCUUGGUGACGCCCGACCCCAAGGUGGUGGCCCUCAUCGCCCAGCAUAUCUUUCCCUGGGCUGAAGCGGAACUGGACAAGAGUUCCAAGCUCUGCCGCGACCCCGACUUCCAAAAAUGGGCCAAGGACGUCAACCGGGUGGACCUCGAGACCAUCGCCACGCGCCGUACUCCGACCGAGAACCCCCAAGAGGUCGACCAGCUCACCAUGAUGCUGCACCGCCAGAGAGAGGAUGCCGCGAUCGAGAAGCUUGGGAUGCAGAAGCAGCUGGAGGAGAAGGACGCGGAGAUCGCGAGGUUGAUGCAGGCUCUCAAGCUGGCCGAGGCACGGCCGACUGCGCCUGCACCGCCGACCACAAGGCCGAUGACCGCCGCCGAGAAGGCAGCUUCCGUCAAGAUCGAGAAGGAACAGGACGACGACCUGACGUACGAGGUGAACGUCGUGCAUCCCUGGCGCACGUCCAAGACGGUCGAGGCUGCCUGGCGCUGGUGGAACAACCCGUCCAACUUCGACUCGCGUCCCUUGCGCGAACGUUACGACGAGCACAGAUUCCUCGUCAGACACACGCGCAUGAUCUGCAAGGUCGAAAAGGGCGACAAACCCGCAGCGUCGGCGAAGUCGGCGAAGAGCUCCCGUCCCACGACCGAGGUGGGUGAGAAGGGGAAAAACGAUGCGCUGCAGCACUGCACUCGCCGGAUGAGGCGGAUCAUGGAAGCGGUGCACGACUUGCGGCGGAGCGACGACGCCGCUGACACCGCCGCCGUCAUCAAGCUACUCGACCAUCUGGGGCGAGCGGGGCUUUCCACUUUCAGCGACGCGCUCUUGGUCCUCCGUGCAACCGCGCCCAUCAAGGUCCCCACCACAGCCGACGGAAAGUCGGUCGGCAUCAAGGGUCUGGACAAGCCGCUGGCGAGGAAGCUCGCCGUUGCGUGGGGCGUGGUCACGGCGGGCUACAUGGACGCUGACUAG